AUGGCUGAGGCAGAAAAGCACCCAAUCAUUGCGGAGAAGAUCUUAGAUGUCUUCGAUCUAGCAUGUGAGCGAAGCCUGAAGGACGAAGAUGAAGCGCCAUCAGCUGCUAUGAGGGCGGUUGCUCUCCUGGCCAUGCCAGGAUUCGAAGAAUGUGGGCUUCCACAGAGUUGGUUCGACUUCGCCAAACAACACCCCAAGGUCGCGACGACUGUGAAAGAUGGCGCAAAGGCUUUCGCAAUUCCUGGAAACAAGACGAUGGAAGACGAGUCCGAGAAGAGACUACUAUCAAAUUUCUACUUCCUGAACCGAUCUACCAGAGCGGGUGUCGGCUCAAUCCUCUAG